AUGGGGAUGAAGGAGAGAGAGGGGAUACCUGUGGUGGAGGGAGUACCCGAUGAGGAGGGGGUACCCGUGCAGGGGAUACUCGAGGACAUCGAGGGGGUACUGGAGGAGGAGAGGGUACCGGAGGUAGAGGUGGUACCCGAGAUGACAUCACCUGAGGCAGAGGGGAUACCCAAGGAGGUGAAGGUGCCUGUGCAGGGAAUACCCGGGGAUGUCGAGGGGGUACCGGAGGUGGAGGUGGUACCCGAGAGGACGCCAGACUCAUCGGACGUAGUCUUUGUGUCGGAGGAGGUGGUCCCGAUAGCGGGUGAGGGGAUCAUCCCGAUGGAUGAGGAGAGGACGCGUGCUAUUAACGUGUUGGAGCGGGUGGUCGGUAAGAGGCCAAAGGUGCCAUCCCAGUACGCCGUUUCUCCCUUUACCGUGGAGGUGAAGAGGAGAAGGUUCGUCGACGGGACACACCCAAAUUUAUUCAAGGAGGUGGACCACGCCAAGUGGAAAGCCUUCGAGACGGAGUGGAGAGUAAUAAAGCCUGGGGCCAGCUGCACGAUUGCUCAGAAGACGAUUUCAAAUUUUUACAAGUGGUACUACGACAUCACCACUUCGAGGGCUUGGCUCACCGUCAAUCACAUCGACUUGGCCAUGGAUUUGCUACGAGAUCGAGCUGAAAGAUAUCCAAAAUCGUUUAACAUUCCUGACAGACUCAUAUUGAACACCGAGUUCAUCCGUGCCGUUGACAUUGAGUACCAGUCGUUCCAAGCUAUGGGUAACGAGUACACGGUGCCGGCAUAUAUGAUGGAGUGGGUCGUAGAGAUGUGGCCCAAUGUUGGAGGAAAGCCGUGGGAGGGCUGUACACAUAUGUACAUGCCAGUAUGUGUGAAUCAUCACUACAUUGCAGUGAAGAUCGUAUUUGCCGACUCCACUAUGUAUGUGUACGACCCCGAUCAUUUAUCCUUGACACAAGGUCAACUCGAGCGAAAUCUGGAGUCGGUGUCUGUGAUCAUUCCCAUAAUGGCUAGACGAGCGAACAUCACUGUGCAGGACAGAUUGGCUACCGUGCGUAACACGACGACGACGAGGCAGCGAAUAUUGGGUGAUUGCGGCAUGUUCGUCAUCAAGUACAUAGAAUUUUUGAGUGUAGCAUAG